AUAUACACACACACACACACAUAUAGAAAACAUGACGCUUGAUUAUUAUCAUUAUUAUUAUUUUCUCUCUCUUGUUUUUAUUUUUAUGCAUAAAGUGUUUGGCAAGAAACAAAAGAAGAAGAUAGGUGAUUUAAAAAUUCCUAUUCCAAUGCUGAAUGAUCCUUCUUUCCUGGACAUGACAGAAUCACAGAUAGCAACCCUUCUUUGUCAUUCUACUCAGCCUAAGCAAAUGGUUCCCCGUCGAUCUGUCAGCUCACCUCCUUCUUUACUGAUGAUGCCUAAACCAAUACAUCGUCUUCCUCCUUCUACUCGAUCUUUGUGGGGAAAUCUUGAGCAUGAAAAGACGCAAAUUGAAGAAAAAGAAGCGCCACAUCACACGACAAACAAAGAACAAAAGUCUAUAUCGGAAUCCUCUUUUUUAACAGCUUCUUCUUCUUCUUCUUUAAUUAUGGCAUCCUUUGACAAUAAAGCCAAGGAAACAGAUCGUUAUCGGCCAAAUGCUUCAUUGGUCGGAUCAACAAGUGCCGACAUAACAAAGGACAAGGUCGUACAAGACUACUCCAAAAGUGCAGAUGAAAACAAUGACCCAACUUUUCUUUCUUCUUCUUCUUUUUGUCAAGACACGAUGGAUAUACAAUCGAUGACUGAGCUUAUUCAGUCUCAAAUGAAGAAAAUGGCUUUGAAUGAGGACCUGCUUGAACUCAAACGGACAGUGGACCGUAUACAACAAGAGCGUGCUUCUGACUUGGAAGAACAUGUAACAAGAAUCAAAGAACAAAAGAAACGAGAGAAAGAAAUUCUGGACCAAAUCAACAUGACAAAUCAGCGGCUUGAGAUGGCUAUUGCUGGGAAACUGUUUCAUCAGCCAGAAAGUGAUGCUGAGAACAAGACACCUACACUCAAGCCUUCUCAUUCUACACAAAAGGAGCAAAGAAAAAAUCGUUAUCAUCGUCCUAGACCAUAUCCUUCUUCUCAUCACCGUCCGUCUUUUUAUGAACAACAAGAUGUCAAUCCUUAUUUCCCUGAUAAUAUGAAUCCAUUAGCAUUUGAUGAUUUUUUACCACCACCUUUGCCUUACCUUCAACAACAAGAAGAAUACUUGCCUUAUGAUCCUCGCUAUGAAUUCAUGAUGAUGAGAAAUGGUAUACCACCACCUUUGGAAUUCAUGAUGGAAGCACCCCUUGAUCCUUCUUCUUCCUCACAAUUUCGCAAGAACAGAAAUAGAUCCAAGUCACUUGAAAGUAAAUGGCCACCACACGAAAUGAUGUUUGAUUCUGACCCGUCCUUUUAUCAUCAAGAGAUGCGGCCUUUUGUUCCUAGUGACAGUAUGCCUCCCACACCACGCUCUCGGUCAAGAAAGUCGUCUUUACAUAGUGCAAAAAGCAACCUUUCAGAUCAUGAAAAUGAUGCAAUGCCGUGUCAUAAAAUGGGUGUGGAAUUGCAUGAUAAUCCUGUCCCUUCUAAUCCAAGUACAAUUGGUGAAUCAAGUAAGGUUCACAAAGAUGAAAAUGCAACACAGGAAGACAACCAGACGAAACAGAAGCAUCGGUUUACAUUUCCUCGACUGAAUCCUUCAGGUCGUUCAAGAGUCAGUGAUACAUGGAAAAUGAAACGCCAUGGAAAUCAACAAGGACAAGAACAAGAAGAAGAAGAAGAAGAAGAAAGAAGAGGAGCUAUCCCUCCAUCUUCCUUUAUGUAUCCUCAUGGUCAUGGGUUUCCUCCUCCUCCUUUGUUUGAAAACAGAUCAACAAAAAAUGAACGAAGGAAAAUGAACCCACCUUAUGGUGCUUAUCAUAAUUUACCACCUAGAAAUGGUUAUUUACCACAUCAGAAAGUGUCUCCAGAUGGUAGAAUGUUUAUAGAUGAACCAUCUUUUGGUAACACAAGAGGACCACAGUGGAGCACGGUCAUGAUAGACUCACAGCAACAACAAACGCCCAUUGAUUUUACAGCGAAUCCAAGGCGAUUCCCUCCUUCUUCUCAACAGGCGCAACCUACUUUUAUUUCUCUUUAUCCUACAGACAGAAUUUAUAUGUAAUAAUAAUAAUAAUAAAAAAAAAGAGUUCAACACA